AUGUCACUUUCAUUUCCGAAAGGGACCCCAUUAAAAUGCCAAAGUCGACUCGACGUCCUACGGCACGGCUUUUUGGCCGUCUCAGACAAAUCGGCCUCAAGCGCAUUUUCAUAUAGCACGAUAUCCACAAAGGCUCUCGGCAAGCCAUCGCCAAUACUCACCUUCGACGAGGCAUAUUUCUGCUACAAAGGCGCCGUGUUAGUCGACGGUGAUAAAUGCCGUAAGGAAUUCCGACGACUUCGUGAUGAACCAAUUCGAGAACGUGAACCGAUCGCUAUUGAUCGACUCGUAGCACUCUAG